UAUGCUGUCAAACCAUAGACAGCCGUAUGCUGAUGAAGGUUCCUGGAGAGUACCAGGUCUACGUUACAACCGGACUUGAUAAUUUAACACCAUGGCAAAUAGAACUAAAAGUAUUCCAUCCGAUUAUGAACUUCUCUCGCUUGCUGGAGAGAUCACUCAGAAAAAAGAUUUCUUCAAGCUUGGAGUGAAUCUGAACUUUCUUAUACCUGUGUUGAGAAAGUCUUUGAAAGAGUGCAGUGGUGAUGUAUACAGUGCAACUUUAAUGACCCUUCAGCAAUGGAGAGAUAAUCAAAGACCAGGGACAGAUGUGAGAUCCAAGCUUCAUACAAUCUUAAAGGAACUCGGUCACAAGGCUGCCGACAUGCUAGUUACAGAUGAUGCUGACUUUGACAAGAGGAGUCUUCUAAGGACAGUAGAGGUCUGUACACCUUCAGAGAGUUCAGCAAGCAUUACAAAGAACAUGGACUUCCAGAGGGAUGUAGCUGAUGACGACAGCAUGGUUUCAUCAGCCAUGUCACACUCUGAUUACUCCAUGUCGGUCAAGAAAGACAGCAAAUUUGAUGAAUCAGGAUCAGGAUCAGAAAAACUAUCAUGGAAUAAUCAGUAG